AUGAUGCGUAAUUUCGAUUUCUCUGUUAAGACCAUAGUUGUCGGAGAUUCUGGUGUCGGUAAAACCUGUUUGCUCCUCAGGUUCAUUCGCGACGCUUUUGAUGAAACAUCUCAGCCAACUCUUGGUGUCGAAUUUAUGACAAAAAUCGUACAAACAGCAAAUCACAGAAUCGAACUCCAACUUUGGGAUACUGCUGGACAAGAGCUUUUCCGCUCGGUUACAAGAGGAUACUAUCGUGGUUCAGCCGGUGCUUUCCUAGUUUUCGAUUUAACUUCAAGAGUCAGCUUCGAAAAUAUUUCAAGAUGGCUUCACGAUAUUACAGAAGUUGCUAAAAACGAUAUCGUUAAAAUUUUAAUCGGAAAUAAGAACGAUCUCGACGCUCAACGCGAAAUCACUGCUGAAGAAGCACAAGAUUUCGCAAAAGCAAACGGCAUGGUUUAUUUCGAGACAUCUGCUAAAACAGGAUCAAACGUAGCCGCGGCUGUUAAUGCUUGCCUUGAUAUUAUUGACAAGAAAUCACUCAACGGCCAGUUAGCUAUCCCGCCCCCAUCUGAUAGCAUAUUCUUUGACCAGGAUGAACCUAAAAAACAAGGCUGCGCUUGUUAA